CCGGACCUCAGGAACCCCUUGGCGGCGCCCGCGCAGUGCGCCUGCGCAGCCGCGACCGCUCACAGGUUUUGAAACAUGAAUCCUUCCCUCAUCCUGGCUGCCUUUUGCUUGGGAAUGGCUUCAGCUGCUCCCACACUUGAUGACAGCGUAGAUUCACAAUGGAACCAGUGGAAGGCGAAACACAGGAAAUUAUAUGGAAUGAAUGAAGAAGGAUGGCGGAGAGCAGUGUGGGAGAAGAAUGUGAAACGGAUCGAACAGCACAAUCGGGAAUACAGGGAAGGGAAGCAUGGCUUCACGAUGGCCAUGAACGCCUUUGGGGACAUGACCAAUGAAGAAUACAAGCAGAAGAUGAAUAGCUAUCUACACCAGAAGCACAGGAAGGGGAAAGCGUUCCUGGAGCCUUUGUUUCUUGAGGUACCCAGAUCUGUGGAUUGGAGAGAGAAAGGCUACGUGACUCCUGUGAAGUAUCAGGGUGAAUGUGGUUCGUGUUGGGCUUUUAGUGCAACUGGUGCUCUGGAAGGACAGAUGUUCCGGAAAACUGGUAAACUUAUCUCACUGAGUGAGCAGAACCUAGUGGACUGUUCUCAGGCUCAAGGCAAUGAGGGCUGCAAUGGUGGCCUGAUGGAUAAUGCCUUCCAGUAUAUAAAAGAGAACGGAGGCCUGGACUCUGAGGCAUCCUAUCCAUACACAGGAAAGGAUGAACCCUGUAAGUACAAGCCUGAGUAUUCUGUUGCUAAUGACACUGGCUUCGUGGAUAUCCCUGUUGGAGAGAAGGCCCUGAUGAGGGCAGUGGCGUUUUGGGGGCCCAUCUCUGUUGCUAUCGAUGCAGGCCAUGAGUCCUUCCAGUUCUAUAAAGGAGGUAUUUAUUUUGAGCCAGACUGCAGCAGUGAAAGUUUGGAUCACGGUGUUCUGGUAGUUGGCUACGACUAUGAAGGAACAGAUUCAGAUAACAGUAAAUACUGGAUUGUGAAGAACAGCUGGGGUACAGGCUGGGGCAUGGAUGGCUACGUAAAGAUGGCCAGAGACCGGAAUAACAACUGUGGAAUCGCCUCAGCAGCCAGCUACCCCGUUGUGUGAGCUGAUGAACAGAGCUGAGGAAGGACUCGACUGGGGGAUGGCGCAUCCAGGGGAGGAAUUUAUCUGAAAUCUCGCCGGUGUCUACUGUGUGGGAUACACACUUGAAUCAUUGAUGAUCCAAGAGUGAUUUAAAUUCUGUGAUAUUUGUACACUGGUAAAAUGUUACCUUUAUUUUAAUUACUCCUAUAAACAGCUUUAUAUUGUUUCACUGAAUGACUUUAGAUUUUUAUUUUAGAAGGUUAUGUAAAGUUUUACCUGUUUAAAUAAACUUAGUUUCCAAUGUGC